UAGAUAAGGACCAGCCUACCAAAAAUAUCUCCUCUUAAAAUGAUUCCGACAUGUAAUUUCUAGACCAAACCGGAGAGCUCACGGGCAGACCAAUCUCUCUCAUCAUUAAUGCGGCGCCUGCUGGGGACGACGGUGGCUGCUACGCCGCCAGCUCCGUCCAAUCGGAGCAUCACCGCUGGUGCCGGCGCCGGCGCCCCCGACUCGAACUUCGACACCAACAUGGUAAUAAUCCUGGCGGCCCUUCUCUGCGCCCUAAUCUGCGCCCUGGGGCUAAACUCAAUCGUUCGAUGCGCCCUACGCUGCGGUCGGCGACUCACUUUCGAAACCACGGAGGCAACCGCGACUCGCCUAUCGGCUACGGGGCUGAAGAAGUGCGCUCUGAGGCGGAUCCCAGUGGCGACCUACGGAUCCAGCGCGAAUAUUCCGGCAACGGAAUGCCCGAUCUGUCUUGUUGAGUUCGCCGACGGAGAGAAGGUCCGGGUUCUUCCGACCUGCAACCACGGCUUCCAUGUUCGAUGCAUCGACACGUGGCUUUCUUCGCACUCUUCUUGCCCUAUCUGUCGCCAUAGUCUUCUCGAUAAGUCCAUAGCCGCCGCCGUCUGCAUCGCCGUCGCCGGAAGAGCAGUUGAGGAACGGCCUCCGGACACGGACGGAAGCGCGCCGGUGGCGGCGGAGGUGGAGGUGAGUUAAGGGUUUGUGUUUGGUACGCUAGGGCUUAAUGGCUUUAGUUAAAAAUUCUGUUAUUAGAAAUGAUUAAGGAGAUGAGUGAAAGUAAAUGUGUAAUUAUUGUAAUAAGAAAAAUAUUUAUUUAUAAAGUUUAUUAUGAGUAUUAUAUAAAA